GUGACAAUCAGUGGAGCUUCCUGGAUGGAAACAAAACACGAGAGCGGAGCUGACACUCACGCACACACACACACACACACACACACACACACGUACACAAACACACGCGUGAGUGCACGGAGCAGGGCUGCGAGCAGGACGUUUAAACAUGUUUUUCUGAGGGAGCAAAGCUGAUUAUUCUAACAGCACAACACUGUUAGGACACAUGUGUCUGUGCCACGGGGGGAAGAGCAGCACUGCGGCUGUGGAUCUGGAAUCAGGCAGCUCCGACACCCAGUGGUCCCCCACUGACAAGGAAAAUGGCGGCUGUGGCUCCUCUCUGUCCCUAAAAGAAGGGCUAGGAGCGGCCUGAUACCUUCUUGCUUCCCUCCCCGCCUGACUCGCCCCCUACAUGGCCAGUAGGAGUCCCACCCUGAGCCAGGAAGCCAGGGAUUCUGUACCCGGGACACCUGAGGCUGGCGCUGACUCUCAGCCAGGGCCCAGGGUCUUCUGCAAGCUGUGCCUCAGUGAACAGCCAUCGGCAGCAACCAGCCAACAAAGCUGCAACUGCAACUUCUGCACAGCUUGUUUGCAGCAGUAUGUUCAGCUGGCCAUCAUGGAAGGUGGGGGGGCACCCAUCACCUGCCCAGAUAUGGCCUGCCAGAAGACUGGCGUGCUAUUGGACUCUGAGAUAGCCAGCCUGGCUGCAGCGGAUCAGGUAGAGCUGUAUCAGCGGCUGAAGUUUGAGAGAGGAGUGAAGCUGGACCCCAGUAGAGCCUGGUGCCCAUUGGUUGAGUGCCAGGCGGUGUGCAGUGUGCAGCCAGGCUCUGAGGGCCAGCCCUCUGCUGUGCAUUGCCCAACCUGUCACACAGUCUUCUGCUCCGGCUGCUCCGGCCCCUGGCAGGACAGCCACACCUGCCCUGAGCGUCAGCCCAUGAUGUCAUCCUCACCCUCUCAUGAAAGCCGGGGCCGCUCCUACAGCCACUCUGACAUACCCAUCAAACAGUGUCCCAUGUGUGACAUCUACAUAGAGAGGAACCAGGGCUGUGCACAGAUGCUGUGUAAGAGCUGCAAACACACCUUCUGCUGGUACUGUCUGCAGAACCUGGAUGGGGACAUCUUCCUGAGACACUAUGACAAGGGACCAUGCAGAAACAAGCUGGGACACUCCAGGGCCUCUGUGAUGUGGAACAGGACACAGGUGGUAGGUAUCCUGGUGGGGGUCAGCAUCAUUGUGCUGGUGACAUCUCCUCUCCUCCUGCUGGCCUCACCCUGCAUCUUGUGCUGUGUCUGUAAGCCCUGCCGAGGGAAGAAGAAGAAGAAGAAGAAGAGGAAGAAGGACGUCAGUCAGCCGAACUCCUCCACAUCAUAGCAGCUCCUCCCUUUCAUUGGCCCAGCCCACUCCUGAUGUUGCCAAAAGAAACCAACAAAGUGCAAGUGGUGGAAAUGAAUGAACAUGAGGACCAAUGGAGUACUUCUUCUUUGCUCUACAGACUGGAAGCCUCGUCGGUGGGACGGUGGAAGUGUAACUGAGGAGACUGAAUGUAACAAAUUCAUCUUAGAUGUUUUUGAAUGCACACCUGGACGCAAGGAGAAAGCAGCGGCUGUGAGGGUUCUCCUGGAAUGAGCUCUUUCUUUGUCUCUCUCUCUCACACACACACACACACACACACACACACACACACACACACACACACACACACACACACACAUGCGCACACAGUUAAUGCCACCUUCAUGUGCCAAAUGUCAUGAUGCCAAACCAGAGGGGUUAGGUGCUCAAGUGCCUCACUCUACAGUGCCUGGUGCUUGGUUAUAUUUGCUUUGCCUUCCAUUCUAUCUUUAUCUUAUGCAAAAAUGUUAGCAUUAUAAAAUCGGACAACUGUCAGGAUCACACAGGGUCGUAAAUCCCUAGUUAAAGAAGUGAAAUACUCUUUCAUAAUGGGAGAAGGCAAAUGGUAUUAUGAAAUAUGAUAGGGCUUCAGUGUUGCACAGAGAACGUUUCUCCUGCAAGUGUGUAUUGUUUCCAUCUGGUGUAUGUUCCAGACCAAAGGCUCUAAGGAUAACGUGUACUUUUCUAAAAGUGUGUCAAUAUGUAUUUAAGGGUUAUGUGUGUAUGUUAUCAUUUCUACAUUUAUGUUGAUGUUUCUGCAUCAGAUAUUUUAUAAAAGCACCACUGUAAUUGAAAUAAACAUAGUGUAUUGUACAUGAA